GAGCAAGGUAUGCAGAGAUGGCCACAGAUGGCCAGAUGCCAGUUGGCCCCACAACCAACCUGGACGUGAUCAGACAGCGGGCCCUGAAGGCGGCCGAGUACUACCAGCAGCAGGGCUACAAUGGUGGGGACCAGGCGGACCAGGGCCCCCACCCCGCCAGCAGAGACUUCAGGGUCCCCCCGCAGUACUCUGACAGCUACGGCACAAACCACAACCUGCUCUCCCACGGCUUCGCUGGGGACGGCACCGGCUACACCAACCUCAACCGGGUCCUGUCUGAUGAUUCGUUUGACUCGGCCAUGGCCCCGCCGUCCAGCAAUAGUUUCUACAGGGCCAAGAUGAAAGCUGGGAUCAUUGACCUGCGCAGUUCAUAUAACGAGAGGAUAGGAGCCGGCGGGGGGAGCAGAGCCAGGGCCAGGACAUUUCACGGCCCGCAUACGGGUACGAGGCCGAGGACUCAGACGUACGCCCUCGAGACCAAGCCCAGCAGCCAGCCGCAGCAACAACCACAGAAGUCAGCGUCAACACCGCACCACCCACAGCAGCAACCGGCGCCGCAGAAGCCAGCUAGGACGUUUGCCCCGAACCGGACAGUGCUGUACCGGAGCAGCAGCGACCUGGAUAUGGAUACAUUGGAAGCAGACACGCCCCCUCCAGCGCCGGCCAAUCUUCACAGGGAGUACGGUAGCACAUCUUCGCUGGACGUUCUCGGAAACAACUACCCCGACAGUUUUUUCUCCAUGGUUAGUGAGUUUGGUAAACUCAACCCCUUAGACCAGCGCAGCCCCGCCCCUCCACGCAUUCAGGAAUUACUUCAGGGCAGGGGCCGGCUGGAAUCAACAUCAGAACCUCUUAUACCAAUGGCAGGGGAGUCUUCUAAAACUUCUGUACGCUUCCUGAAUGGAUUAACCCCAAGUGAUAAAGACUUAACGGUGGACGAUACAGACGGGGGUAAAGCAAGCAAGAGCAAAGCCAAGCACAAAGAAAGGAAACAGAGGGCUAAAUCCAUCACAGGUGAGGGGAGUGCAAGCAUACUGAAAAAACUGAGGGGGAAAUUAGAAUCUGAUCUGACCAGCGCCAAAUCUGAAGACCGGAGCAACUCGGAUGAUUUGCCGUCCCGGACAGAAGACUACUCACGGCACCGAGCUUUUGUCCAUUUUGACUGUCAGUCCGUGGGUGUGGACCUGGCUAAAGUUAUCUACCAGCGCUUGCAUGGACUUUCGUACAAGAACAACACAACCACAGGCGCCUCGGCGGCAUCCGGGCAAAGGAAUAGCUUAGCCCCGGAUAAAGACGACCCGGAUAUACUGGCAGACACGGAUGAAGGGGACGGGAAAAGCAACGAGCUUGUUCUGUCCUGUCCAUUUUUUCGGAAUGAACUGGGAGGGGAGGAUGAGAGGACUGUGAGCCUAACGAAGGUGACGGCCAACAAGUGGAUAGGUGGGACGAGCACAGUACCUGUACAGCCUGGCAAUGGAUACAAAUCUCAGAUCCGCCAUCCAGCCUGCUGUGGUGUAGCAAUCCUGGACUCUUCACCCUCCCCCACAGGCCAAAUCCUUCCACCACUUGUGUCACAUCGGGGGCACGUCAUUGAAUAUGUUGACCAUGGGGCGUAUUACUACAGGCACUUCUUUUAUAACCAUGAGCACCAAAACUAUUUUGGGACUGAUGAUAACUUGGGCCCUGUUGCCAUCAGUGUGAGGAGGGAGAAGCUGGACGCUGAGGACAGAACAAAUAAUUUGGGGAGGGCAGACUACGGCAUGGCGCAGUACAGGAUUAUAUGUCGGACUAGUGAACUGACCACAUUGCGGGGGUGUAUACUUGAAGAUGCUAUACCCUCUAGGCUGAGCAGCUCCAGGGGAAUACCAAUCAAAGAUGUCCUGGAGGUGGCCCUGCCUGAGGUCCAGCUGUCUUGUCUGAGGCAGGCGGUCGCUGGACCCAAGACUUGUGAGCAACUGCUCAAGUUGGAUGAGCAGGGGAUAAGCAAUACCUACAAGAUAGGCAUCAUGUACUGUAAGGCAGGCCAGUCUACUGAGGAAGAGAUGUACAACAAUGAGUACAGUGAACCAGCCCUUGAAGAGUUCCUUAACUUGAUCAGCCAGAAGGUCAGGUUAAAAGGUUUUGAGAAGUAUAGAGCUGGUCUAGACUGUAAAACUGACACCACAGGCACUCACUCGUAUUACACAACGUUUAACAACAACGAAGUCAUGUUUCAUGUCUCCACACUGCUGCCUUACACACCCAACAACAAGCAACAGCUUUUAAGAAAACGUCACAUCGGCAAUGAUAUUGUUACCAUAGUAUUUCAAGAGCCAGGAGCUCUGCCCUUCACCCCUCAGACUGUCCGCUCACAGUUUCAGCAUGUUUUCGUCAUCGUGCGAGUGAUCAACCCCAACUCAGACAGUGCACGCUAUAGUAUCGCUAUAGCCAGAUCUAAAGAUGUCCCUCCAUUUGGUCCACCCAUACCACAGAACUGCAGCUUUAAAAAGUCCCAAGAAUUUGUGGACUUCUUGUUAGCUAAAGUGAUCAAUGCAGAAAAUGCCGCCCAUAAAUCAGACAAGUUCCUCACCAUGGCAACAAGAACAAGACAGGAAUAUUUAAAAGACCUAGCCAUUAACUAUGUCACCAAUACACCCAUUGACUCAGGGUCCAAAUUAAGUAAAUUUGGACUUGGGAGUGGCAGAAAGAAGGAAAAACCUAAACAAAAGGUAGUGCCUGACAUGUUUGCCAAAGGUGCUGUGGUGUGGGAGGUGCAGGUGGAAGAUAUGGGAACAGCCUCGCAGGUUGAAUGCCUUCUGGCCAUAGCUGCUGACACCAUUGUGCUGGUGGAGGAGACCAACAAGGAUGUCAUCUUCACCAUCCCCUGCAGUACAGUCAUAGGCUGGACCCCACAGCCCAGCAGCCUGCGCCUGUACUUUGGAGCAGGUGAAUGUCUACUGCUGAGGCCCAUGUCAGGAGAACAGGAGGAGAUGCAAGAGAUUAUCACUAGGCUACAGGCUGUAACACAUGGCACAGAGACUUCCAAGAUGGCCUUGAAACGCAAUGGGCUUGGUCAAUUGGGUUUUCACAUUCAAUCCGAAGGCAUUGUUACAGAUGUUGAACCUUUUGGUUUUGCCUGGGAGGCGGGGCUUAGGAAGGGCAGCCGCCUGGUUGAGAUCUGUAAGGUUGCCACGACAACGCUGUCACAUGACCAGAUUGUUGAUCUCCUGCGCACGUCAGCUGUUGUUAAAGUUGUCGUUGUUCCUCCAAUGGAGGACGGUUCACCCAGAGGCUUUAUCACACUCAACACCCACCUCCCCCACACCUCCAUGAUGUCCAUUAACACCAUUAUGGUAUCUAAGCAGUUCACUGCUGCCUCGUAUCAAGGUUCCAUGGAAUCUGUCUACAUGCCUAGGGGAGAUAACAGCUUAGCCUCUCCUGCCCCUCCAGCCAACAACAGCACUGGCAAACCCUCCCCUUCAUCGCAGCAGAAAACCUACCACCAGCCCCCUCAGCCCACUACCAUGUACGACCAGACACCACGCCAGCGGACAACGGGGGGUCAGCACGGCUACUCCGACUCCACCCUGUCCUCAGGUCGCUCCUCUGACGACGGGCGGGGCUCGUAUUAUGGUCACUCGCGCCAGGAGUCAUCUGAGAUGUAUGGGUCAGUCCGGGGGAGUCAUGAGGGUCACACAAGCUCAGGGGAUGAGCUGCAUUCUAGGAACAGCUCACAUGAUAGUUCUGACUAUGCCAUGUCUGCUGCCAGUGUAAAAUCAUGGGCAAGUCAUAGUCAGCCACCCCUUCGGAGAGGAGAGCGUGUGGUUGGCAGCAUAGAUGUUGGCUUAGACGGGAGUAUCUACGCCCCCACCUCCCAAACCCCAAACAACAAAUAUCCCUCCAACAUCCCAGCCACUGGCAACAUUUCGGUUGAGCUUAGGAAGCAGACGCAGAAUACAAAGUACUUGCUGGGUCAAGGUCAGGGUCGACCUGCGCAUGAGCAGGGUCGGCAGCUACAUGAGGGUGGGAAUAAUCCUGGGUCAGCCACGAACCUGAGCCAGAUCAGCGAGGGCUCGUCGAGUGGAUCAUCUCAGUACACGCAGCGUGGUGACGCUGUUAGACUAAUUAAAGAUGAAGUGACCCGCAGGAAAGAAGCUCUGGCCUCCACCAGGGCCAACAAGCCUGUGAUGAAGAAAGGGCUGACAGAGCCCCCAGUGCAUAGUCCCAAAGCUACCAGAAGAAACCUAUCUGGCAUGUCCUCGGAGGAGUCCCUGGCCACAAGGUUAAGGCCUGGUGUCACCAGCCAGAAGAGCUCAAGAGACAAAGCCAGAGCAGAUUUCCAGGAGGAGCUGAUGAGGCUGAUUGACCCUGAUCUCUCGGAGAAUGAUCUAGUGGGCUUUAAUUCAAGGAAUCUACCUGUACGUAAACCAGGCAGGCUUCAGAGAACUCUCUCGGAUGAAAGUUUGCACAAGUCGGGGAGUAAUGACAAGCCACAAGUAGAUGACCCCGCUACUCAAAGGUUGUCUCCGCGAGCCGUGUCAGACCUAGCCAGUGCCAGACAGAGAAGUAAGUCCACCAUGGAUAACCGUGUGCCUUUGUUAGAGUCUGCAGCAGCUUUGGACUGGUCUAAACUAGUUAAUGUUGCAUCCAAGGCUAUUGAUGAGACUGACUCAAGACCCAAGCAUGGCCAGAAGUCACUAGGGAGUGAGAGGGACGUUGGAGGCCACCAUCACGGGGAGGAGAUUGAUCUACAGGAGGACCACCCCCCGCCACGCCCACCCUCUCCGCAGAUGGGUCUCUCAACAUCACCUUCAAGCAUGAGCAGCUCGUAUGUGUCAGGUGUGACCAACCCACAGCAGCGUAUCCUGGAGCUGGAGCAGCGGGUCAACAAGUUGUCCCAGGAGCUGGAUAAGGUGAGAGACCCGCCACGAAAAAGCCGAGCUGGAGCUAGAAAUCCAGGACCUGAGGGCAGACAACGUCAGGCUGCAGGAAGAAUCUCAGACAGCCGCCACGCAGCUGCGCCGGUUCACAGAGUGGUUCUUCAACACGAUAGAUCGCCAGUGAACAAAACCUAUCUUUGAAUGUGUCAAUAAACUAUACUUGAGAUGUUGCCAGUAUAUGGAGCUUUAUUGGCGAUGUUGCCAGUAUAUGGAGUUUUAUUGGCAUGAACAAACUAUACUUAUCUUAAGAUAUUGCCAGUAUAUGGAGCUUUAUUGGCAUAAACAAACUAUACCUAUCUUAAGAUAUUGCCAGUAUAUGGAGCUUUAUUGGCAUAAACAAACUAUACCUAUCUUGAGAUAUUGUCAGUAAAGGAGUUUUAUUGGCAUAAACAAACUAUACCUAUCUUAAGAUAUUGCCAGUAUAUGGAGUUUUAUUGGCAUAAACAAACUAUACUUGAGAUGUUGCCAGUAUAUGGAGUUUUAUUGGCAUAAACAAACUAUACCUAUCUUAAGAUACUGCCAGUAUAUGGAGCUUUAUUGGCAUAAACAAACUAUACCUAUCUUAAGAUAUUGCCAGAAACAAAAGCUUAAUUGGCAUGAACAGAUUUAACCUAUCUUCAGGUGUAUACUAUAAACAUCUUUGUACCCUUGUAUCAAGACGUGGCCUUAGGCAUUGUGUUAUUUCAGUUCCUUGAAAAAAAGGUUCUGAGUUUGGUAUUUAUUAUAGUAAAAUGUAUUGAUUAUCCUUAGGCUCAUUCUUAUAGAUAUUUGUGUAAUGCAUUGUAUAGACUUAAACUACAUACUAAAUUCAUUCAUUUAUAACUUUUUUUUUUUAAUUUUUAUUUAAGUUAUUGUUAGGAUAAGAUCAAAAUACACAAUGUAAUUUAUAAGAAAGUUUCCUGAAUAUAAUCUGCUGUUAAAAUGUUAUUGUUACAGAUAAGCUAUUAAAAAAUAGUUGAUAAACAAAAUAAAGUUGACACAAAGUGGUUGUAACUUCUAUGUAAAAUAAAUCUAGUUUACUUUUAAUUUUCCUUAAAAUAAAUUAUUGAUUUAAAUAAUAUAUUUAUAUUAAUGAAAUGUUUGUGAUGUGAACAAGGUAUGAAAUAAUUUUAUUUGCUGAAUUAGAUUUGUAUUGUAUCUAGCCUUUUAUAUUGCCAGUCAUGAAUUAUUUUCAAUGAGACAAGGUUGUUACUUGGUUGUAGUGAAUUUAUAAAACAAGGUUGUUGAUUGGUUGUAGUAAAUUUAAUUAAAAAAACAAGGUUGUUGAUUGGUUGUAGUGAAACCAAUCUUAUGCAUCUUGACAUGGUUAUUUAUCCUUAGCAUCUAGGCAGCAAUGCAGUUCACAUUGUUGUUAACUUUUUUCACACGUUUUAUUUUUCUCUGGUUUGGUUUUUUUUUUUACUGUUACACUGUUGUGAUUGUCUGAGUGACAAAAACAUGUCGAUAAAAAAAAACUGACUGCUGAGUUUAUUAAAUAUUGUCAAUGUUCUUUCUUUGAUAUUGUGACUUACAACACAGACUUGUGCUGUAAGUGGGCUAAUUGUUGAUUCAAUUAGCUCAUUUCUUUUUUAUACUUUGUUUUUGUACAGAGAAAAAAAGGUUUAUUUUUCAAUUUAUAAUACUUUAAUUUGAGGCACCUUGCAAUGUUAAAACAAUUGUAUGUUGUGGCAGGAACUAAGGUACUAAGUUAAAUGGAAUCUCUUUAUUAGUCUUUCUUUAACCAUUACCUUUAGUCCUGGUGUAAUUAGGUUGAUUAAAUUCUUAGCGUGGAUUUAAACGUGACAAUGUUUCCAGGUUGUGGUAUGUCGCAGAUCUUUCAAUUAUUUUUUUUUACACUUCUUUUUUUUUUUCUUGACUGCUGAUUUUUUUUUUCUCUGCUUUAGUUGAAAAAUUUGUUUUACAAUUCAGAAAUCUGCUAGCAUUAUUGUUUUUCUUUCUACUGCUUAACACAAAAGCACCAAAGAUAUAUUUUUAAUUAUUUAUUUUUUUCCAAGACAAAAUAAAAUGCUCUUUAAAAUUAAAUUAAAAUUUACAAUACUUGUUCAUGACAAAGGUAAUUAUAAUGUUAAAAUUGAAUGGGAUGCAGUCUUCAUUUAAUUCUUGAUAAGUAUAAAGAAUGACAGCACAUAAAUAUUACUCAUAUAAUUUUAAGAACAUUCAUUUAUCAGACCACAAGCAACAUGGCCUAGCACAGAAAUCUUAAUUUGAUGUCAAUGUUGUUGAAUACCAACCAUAUAGAAUCCAAAUAAUGAACUAGUUAUACACACAGAUUUAAUUUCCCGUAAAAACCAUGUCACUCUAUAUUUAUAAUACAGUUCUUUCUCUUAGCGAUUUGUGAUUUUCAACUGUAGACAGAGGACUAACUUUUUCUUUGUUCCAGAAAAAUCUUAUUUUUGCACAGAAUAUUUUGACUUCUUAAAAUUGUGUAUUAGGUUUAUGGUUACAAUAAUAAAUCCUAAAAAUUUAUAAUUUCCAUCUGGAAAAUAUUUUUGUUCCUGAAUGCAAAAAAAAAUGUCCUAUUUUAUUUUUAAAAUGGUCAUUUAGAUCUUUGUGUAGGUUUAAGCUCUGAUUUCUAUUCUUUAGUUUGUAUCUAAUAUAACUAAAUUGAAACACUUUUCUUUUUACAUAAGUAUUCUAUGAACAGUGCUUGCUUCCAACUUGCCCAGUUAGAUAAACCUUGUCCAUUAUACACCUCUCUUUGUACUGUUUGAGAAAAACAGCUUUUCCAAUUAAUUUUUUUUUGUUCUGACACAAUGUUUUCCUGUCUGUAAGAAAAUGUACGAUAGCCAUAAAAAACAAACUGGUAUAUUUUUGCAGUAGGAUGAGCUCAUGGAUAGUUUAUUUUUGCAUGAAAAAAUUAAAAUCUCCACAUGUUAAUAUGUAAAGACAAUAUAUUCUUCAUACCUGUUUAGAAUGAGACAGCCUUAAAUAUUUUUAUUGACUGAAGAAAUCUUAUAAACAUUUCACAUUAAUAUUACUAUAAUAAGAUGCAUGUAAAUUAAAAAAUGAUUUAAACAAUAAAAUUAAACCAGUGUCGGGUUAUCUACAGCUUUUCCCCCAUUUCAUGACCAUAAUUUCUGUUGAUUUUAUUAUUCAAUCGUACUCCAAUAAUGGAAAAAGUUUGUAAGAAUUUCUACAUAUAACCAGCAUCGCAAGUUAUUUUGCUGUUGUGGUUAACUCGAUUUGCUAUGCCGUAUAUAGAGCCAUCUCUAAUCUGCAAUAAAGUGUACAAUAAGUUUCAACUUAUAGAAAAUACAUGCUCUGGUUUAUUUUUGUUUAAACAUGUCCAGUUCUGUCAAUAAUUUCAGUUGUGUUAUCUUGUCUCUCUAUGCAUGAUCAGUGUGAAUCUUUUAUGUUGUUAAUGAAUAUAUAUAUCAAGCACUAGUCACAUGUUUGUAUUGUGCAUUUAAUAGGUACUCCCUGGGUACUGUGUAAAUAUUCAAGUCAGCUCUUCAAUUAAGAAAAUGGGGAAAAAAAUUGUUAUAAAUUACAACAGCAAAAUUCUGAAUUGCAAUAUUAUGUUAAGUUGUAUAUCAGUGUGUGAAUAUUUAAUGUAUAUUGUGUUUGUAUGGAAACAUGUUUUGAUUUAUAAAUGCAUUGAAUCUUGUGAACAUAAUACCUCAUUCAGUACAAAUGCUAGUUCCAUUUUCCUUUAUUUUUGUAUUUGAAAGAUAUUUUAAGGUUUUUCUUGCUGUGUCUGCAUUUGUGUGUUUGAUCCCCAUUUUACUGAACAAAAAAAAAUUAAUUAGAAAUCAUUUAAUUGAUUUUUAUUUUUUUAAAUUAGCAACUAUGUUGUAUUAAUUAAAAAUGUGUGAAGUUUAAUCAUUAUUUAAAACGUCUAGGAAAGUAAAAAAAAUUUGUUUUGUGAUCAAUUCAUUCAUGCUGCAGCCAACAAAUUAGGUAAAAAGAUUUGUAGUUCAAGUCAAGGUCACAAAAGAGACCACUUUUAUUUUAAUUUUUUUACUUUUGGAUUAUAAAACCUGAAGUUUGUAUGAAAGUUUGCUGUGUAUAUACAGUAGCUGUAUAGAGGAUCUUUCUGAUCUUUACAAAUGUAUAUUUUACUUGUACAUUCAUUCUCUAAAUCUAUCAGUAAACCAUUUUCAC